UCUGGGGAGAGCGGAUAUAGUGAAUGCAGGGUCGGGGGGAGAGCGGAUAUAGUGAAUGCAGGGUCCGGGGAGACCGCGGAUAGAGUGAAUGCAGGGUCCGGGGAGACCAGAUAUAGUGAAUGCAGGGUCCUGGGAGACCGGAUAGAGUGAAUGCAGGGUCCUGGGGAGACCGGAUAGAGUGAAUGCAGGGUCCGGGGAGACCGGAUAGAGUGAAUGCAGGGUCCGGGGAGACCAGAUAUAGUGAAUGCAGGGUCCGGGGAGACCAGAUACAGUAAAUGCAGGGUCCGGGGAGGGCAGAAAGCAGCAAAAAUCAUUUAAAGUGUAGUGC